AUGACUUCUUCCAAGGACGUCUCCGACAAGGAGACGUGUCCCGACCUUCCUCCAAGCAACAAGGGCUCCUGGUCCACUUUCCUCAAAUCCAUCGCGUCCUUUAACGGAGACCUGUCCUCUCUCACUGCCCCACCCUUCAUCCUCUCCUCCACAUCGCUGGUCGAAUACUCUGCAUAUUGGGCCGAGCAGCCCGCGAUUUUCAUCGCUCCUGCAAGGGAACCAGACCCCGCGAAAAGGGCGCUCUUGGUCUUGAAAUGGUUCCUAACCACGCUCCACCAGCAGUACUGCAGUCGCAGUGAGAAGCUGGGUAGCGAGAAGAAACCCCUCAAUCCCUUUUUAGGAGAGCUCUUUUUGGGGAAGUGGGAUGACGAUAAGGAUGUUGGCGAAACCACUCUGAUCAGUGAGCAAGUCAGCCAUCAUCCUCCGGUUACAGCCUACGCUAUUGAGAAUGAGAAGCAUGGAGUCCAAUUGCAAGGGUACAAUGCCCAAAAGGCCUCCUUCUCCAGCACGAUUCAGGUGAAGCAGCUCGGCCAUGCCCUCCUUUCCUUCACACCUCCAGGAAAGGACAGGAGCGACCCGGCACAACGGGAGACGUACCUCAUCACUCUGCCAAGCCUGCACAUCGAGUCCUUGAUCUACGGAACACCGUUUGUAGAACUAGAGAAGAGCACCAAAAUUGCCAGUUCCACUGGCUACAUUGCCAAGAUCGAGUAUUCGGGCAAGGGAUGGCUGAGCGGGAAGAAGAAUUCCUUCUCGGCCAUUCUAUACAAGGAGAGCGAUGGUGAAAAGAAUCCGUUGUACACGGCGGACGGCCAGUGGUCGACCCAUUUCACCAUCAAGGACGCCCGCACGAAGAAAGAAGUAGAGACGUAUGUCGUCAGCAACGUAAUGACGACUCCCUUGAAGGUCCCUCCUAUCUCAGAACAGGAUCCUUACGAGAGCCGACGGGCGUGGCACGACGUGGCCUGCGCCAUCGAGCGCGGCGACAUGGACGCCACCCAGGCCGCGAAAUCGAAGAUCGAGAAUGCGCAGCGCGAGCUCCGCAAGAAAGAGAAGGAAGAGGGCCGGGAAUGGGAGCGACGCUUCUUCAAGCGCGUCAACGAGAAGGACGACCCCGUGUUCAUGCGGCUGGCCACCAUGCUCGACAUGACGCACGGCAACGGCGCCGGCAUCGAGAGCGACCGCACCGCCGGGGUGUGGCGGUUCGACAAGGAGCGGGCCAAGGACGCAAAGCCUCCAUACCACAAAGUCGGAAGUGAGGGUCUGGGGUUGGAGUAA